AAGAUUAAAUAACAAUGUUUCCCAAAAUAAGAGUAAGAAAAAUAAUAUCAAAUAUUCCACAGAUGCUUCUUCUAAUUCAGACACUUCAGACAGCGAUUUAAGUAAUUCUUCCAUAUCUAGUUCAGAAAUAGAAGUUACACAUACACAUAAGACUAGAGCAGUAAAGAAAUGCCCUAUUAGAAAGCGUAAAGUAAAAGGCAAAAUUAAUUAUCGAGCUUAA